GGCAAUUCGCCUUUAUUGGGUUUCGCACCGAGCAAGAAGCAAAGGAAGCUAUUAGAUACUUCCACAAAUCGUAUAUCGGUACUUACCGGAUUUUUUGUGAGGUUGCACGAAGAGUUGGAGAUCCCGAUAUUCCUCGACCGUGGAGUCGGCACUCAUUGAAGAAUAAAGCAGCAGCAGCUGAGGUUAGGAAAAUGGUUUCCGGUGGUGAUUCCACCGAUUUGAUUCCUAAUGGAGAGAAGACGAAUCUUAAGAAGACAUGGGAGAGUGAUGACCGUCAGCUUCAGGAGUUCCUUAAAGUCAUGCAACCAAGGACCAAGUCGAAGUUGUGGGCGAAUGACACAUUAGUAGCUUCGGAAGAUUACCCAAAGGAGAGAUUUAACAGGAAACAUACUCGAGCAGAGAAAAACAUCAAAGAAGAUUACCCAAAGGAGAGAUUUAACAGGAAACAUACUCGAGCAAAGAAACACAUCAAAGAAGAUUACCCAAAGGAGAGAUUUAACAGGAAACAUACUCGAGCAAAGAAAAACAUCAGAGAAAAAUCAACGGAAGCAAAGGUUGAUGACGAGGAGGUUAUUGUAUCUCUAGGUAGCAAUGCUUCCGAAGAGUCAGAUAAUGUCUUCCAUGAGGAUGUAAUUUCUGACAUGGACUACUUCAAGAGCAAAAUUAAGAAAGAAUGGUCUGAGUCGGAAUCAGAGAGUAGUGAAGGUGAUGUUGAUCAAAAGGAAGCAAAAGUUCAUCCGUCAAAUAAAAGGUCCAGGGAAAAAAAUGAGGCAACUCUACAUGAUGAUGAAGAAAAUGAUAUGGCAGAUGAGUCUGAAAGACAAGGUAGUGCUGAAGAUUCAGAUGGCAAGGCACUUGACCCCACAAAUCCCUCAUCAAGUUCAAUGGACGAUAAGGAUGAGAUGUUGGAAACUGGCCGUCUUUUUGUUCACAACCUGCACUACGGGGCAAGUGAGGAAGAGCUGGAAGAGUUAUUUAGCAAAUUUGGCAAGGUUGAAGUUCAUGUUGUUGUGGAUAAAGCAACAAGACAAUCAAAGGGCAUUGCUUAUAUCCAGUAUGCUCUCCCAGAGUCUGCAUCAAGAGCUUUGAAAGAAUUGAAUAAGUCGCCUUUCCAGGGAAGACUGCUGCAUGUUUUGCCAGGAUUACCAAAACCCACAUCUAAAAAGCAGGAUGAUUUUACUUCAAAUCAAGCUCCAAAAACUUUCAAGCAACGUCGGGAGCAAGACAGAAAGGCUUCUGAAGCAAGUGGAGAUACAAAAGCCUGGAAUACAUUGUUCAUGCGCCCUGACACGGUUGUUGAGAACAUUGCAAGGAAGUAUGGUAUAAGAAAAAGUGAUUUCCUUGAUCGUGAAGCUGAUGAUCUCGCAGUACGUAUUGCUUUAGGAGAGACACAAGUAAUUGCUGAAACUAAGAAGGCAUUGGCAGAUGCUGGUGUCAAUGUAGCAUCUUUGGAGGAGCUUGCCUCUCGGGGAGGAGAGGGUUUUGAAAGGAGUAAUCAUGUGUUGCUAGUGAAGAACUUGCCAUAUGGGUGUUCUGAAGCUGAGCUGACUAAAAUGUUCAAGAAAUUUGGGAGUCUGGAUAAAAUAAUUUUGCCUCCAACAAGGACAGUGGCAUUGGACUGGGUCUGUGAUAUCAGCCUGUUGGUUACCCUUCACAUGGAAGCCACUUCUUUGUUGGGUAAGGGGAGAGGAAUAGGGGUUGUUUUCCUCAAACCUUCUGAAGCUGAUGCUGCUCGUAAUGGUCUAGCAUACAGGCUGUACAAAGAUGCACCGCUGUACUUAGAACGGGCUCCUGGAAAUGUUCUUAAUCCAACAACUGAAAGCAUUGGAAACAAGAGAACGGUUGUUGGCGAGCAGGAUGUUAAAAGGGUAUGGAUAUUGACAGAAUUCAGAUGUAUGUUUUCUGAUUAUGUGUGUUCUGCUACUGCUUUGACUUGUGUCAAUGUAUUUUCCAUCCGUUCUUUGUUUUAUGCGUUAUUAUGCAUGCCAGACUCACCAGUAAACAAGUUAGGGAUAAUUCCUGCUUUUUAUAGGGUUAUACUUAUGUUUUACCCUUUGAUUUUACAGUCACGGUUUCUUUUUGUGAAGAAUCUGAGCUUCAAAACAUCCGAUGAGGCUUUGAAAAGCCACUUUAGCGAACGAAUGAAGGAGGGAAGAAUUCUCAAUGUCAAGAUAAAUAAGCACGUGAAAAAUGGAAAGUCAAUGGGUUAUGGGUUUAUAGAAUUUGAUUCGAUGGAGACAGCAGCAAAUAUUUGCCAGGAUUUGCAAGGAACCAACUUAGAUGGGCAUGCCCUUAUCUUGCAAUUUUGCCAAGUAAAGAAAGAGGAAACAGCGCUAGAUAAAGAUGAAAAGGGUAGAAGUUUGACUAAAUUGCAUGUGAAAAAUGUUGCUUUUGAGGCAACUAAGAAAGAUUUAAAAAAGCUCUUCAGCCCAUUUGGAAAGAUUAAAUUGAGGCUGCCUAGGAAAUAUGGAAUUCAUAGAGGAUUUGCAUUUGUGGAAUACGUCACGAAACAAGAGGCACAGAAUGCACUGCAAGCACUGGCCAACACCCAUUUGUAUGGGAGGCACCUGGUGCUAGAGAGAGCGAAGCGAGAUGAGAGCUUGGAAGAGUUGCGUGCUCGAACUGCUGCCCAGUUUAACGAUGAAAAUGGGUAUAGUAUGGCCAAGUUGUCCAAGAAGAGGAAGCACAUGGCCAUCUUAGAUGAGGAUAAGAUGAAGUUCAGAAGAAUUGCUGAUUGAAUGCUGGCUGAGUUUAAACUGCAAAAGAAUUUAUGAUCGAAAUAUUGCUUCAAGCGAUGUACUACGAAGGGAAAGAAGAUUGUGUUUAUUAGAUAUUUUAAUGGUUGGCCCAAUUUGCUGAUUUUAGGUUCUAGUUUUAGUUGGUCAGCUGCCCUUUCUGUUUUCUGCUAAAAAAAAAAAAAUGAUGUAUAGUACCCACAUGUUCAAUAUGUUAUUGAACUUAUUCAUUUUGGCCAUGACUUAUUGACCUAUUAUGUUUAUAGAAAGUCAUGGUGAUUGCUAACGAUAGAUGCAUGUUCCUACUCUUGUCCAUAUAUCAUAUGAGACAUUUUA